GUCAUUCUGUAGUAUCAUGUAGAAAUAUUUAAUAAUUUGUUGCUUUUAAUUCUGGAUGAAAAAAUCAGAAGUCCCUAUUAAGUUUUUAAUGGCUAACAAUGCAAUCCUGUUCAGUUGAAAAAACAAUAGAAGUCAUCAAGCAGAGGUUCAUGUGGUGUGGCUUUUAUAUUCAACAAUUAGAGUGUUUUGGCAGUAUCUAGCCCUUUCCCUGUACAAUAUCCAUCAAUCUAAUCUGUAUCCCUUGCUUAUUAUGGAAAAAGUAGAGCUCCUUUCUAGAUAUUAGGCCUUUGAAUAAAAUUCUAUAUGAGGCAGAUGUUAUAAUGCCGUUCUUAUUUUCAGCAGUGUUAGCAUAGGCUUUAGUGUGGUCCGUUCUUUUUCUCCCUUCAUUUGGUGCAGAAAAAUUAGAUCCCAUUCAAAUUAAUUGAGGGAACUUACAAUGAAGGUCAGUCCUUUCUUUAAUUCUGCAAGUAAUUUUAAAGCUAAUAUAAGAAAAACAAAGACAUAUUAAAGAAAAGGAACAGAAAUUGCAUAGAAUGACUAAAUGAAAAAAUACGAUUUUCAGGGGCCGGCCCAGUGGCAUAGUGGUUAAGUGCGAGCACUCUGCUGUGGUGGCCGGAGAGUUAGCAGGUUCAGAUCCUGGCCGAGCACCUACGCACCACUUGUCAAGCCAUGCUAUGGUGGCGUCUCAUACGAAGUAGAGGAAGAUGGGCACGGAUGUUAGCCCAGGGCCAAUCUUCCUCAGCAAAAAGAGGAGGAUUGGCAUUGGAUGUUAGCUCAGUGCUGAUCUUCCUCACACACAAAAAAAUGCGAUUUUCAGAUCGUAAGGAUUUAAAGGCACUGAAAAUUUUUUCAUAUUCUACUCACUAGAGCUUAUUUGUGCAUGUCUUAAUACAGCAAGCAUUUAGUGAGUGUCUGAUUUGCCAACGAAAGAUAACUAAGACAUUGUUUCUGUCCUUAAGUAGGUCACAUAUUGAAGAAAGGACAGAUUGGCAUGAAACAGGAAGCAAUAAUAUUUACAGGGCAAUUAUACAAGCUUUUAUGGAAAAACAGAGGAGGGACAGCCUAAAUGCUUCUUUCUGGAUUAUACAGUGAUGAUUCUAUUUAGGCAACAUAAUUAGAUUUUGAGGAAAUGUGUCAAAGAAGGUGUGAAACAAGUUACUUUUGUCAGUUUUUGGUGUUCCUAUGCCCAAUGUUUCUGGAAAAGUCAAGUCUAUUAUUUUGGUGGUCUCAGAGAUCACUACGUUUUCCCUUGGGUUCCUGACAUUGUAUGGAGUAGUCUCAGGUGUGAAAGGCCUAGUACAGAACUAAAUCUAGCCCAACGAUGUGGACAGAGUUAACUGCUAGAAACAUCUUUUCCCAACUGUUGAAUUUUUAACUUUCCCCAUGAAACAGUGAAAAAUUUCAACAAUGUGAACAGUUCUCUAGCUCAACAUUAUUUUUUUUUACAAAACAAACAAAAGAAAAGACAAAUGAAAUAUUUAAAUGACCCACUAAAGAACAAAUUUAUAAAUAGAUACACAUUCACAAAUUGGAUACAACCAUUUGAGUCUGCUGGAGGCCACGCGGUGGCGCUGCAGGCUAAAGAGACCGGGUUAAAAACUGAACUGAGAAUACUGCGGAUGUCACUAACAAAAAAGGAAGAUCGAGCGGCAGGUAGGCUGGGAGAAAAGCUGUAGCGGCCCAAGAUUGGGAAGGAAAAAAAUCCAGACGCCUGCUACUAAAUAUCGUAGGUCUUGGAUUUUCUUCUGCUGUUUCUUUACACUGGGAUCUGCGAUUGUGACCAAUAUUGAGGAAAGACGUGUUCAGAGGAAGCUAUGGAGGCUGGAGGGUUGUGCUUCCCAAGACAAAGGCAAGUCCUGUUUCUCUUUCUGUUUUGGGGAGUAUCCUCGGCAGGUUCUGGGUUUGGACGGUACUCGGUGAUGGAGGAAACAGAGAGAGGAUCGUUUGUGGUCAAUCUGGCAAAGGAUCUGGGGCUAGGGGACCAGGAGCUGGUUGCAAGGGGAGCCCGGGUGGUCUCUGAUGAUAACAAACAACACUUGCUCCUGGAUUCUCAGACUGGGAAUUUGCUCACAAAUGAGAAACUGGACCGAGAGAAGCUGUGUGGCCCUACAGAGCCCUGUAUGCUGUAUUUCCAAAUUUUAAUGGAUAACCCCUUUCAGAUUUACCGGGCUGAGCUGAGGGUGAGAGACAUAAAUGAUCAUUCACCAGUGUUUCGGAACAAAGAGAUGGUCUUAAAAAUACUAGAAAAUACAGCUGAAGGGACAGCAUUUCGACUAGAAAGAGCACAGGAUGCAGAUAGAGGACUUAAUGGUAUCCAAAACUACACCAUCAACCCCAACUCUUUUUUCCAUAUUAAAAUUAGUGACAACGAUGAAGGCAUGAUAUAUCCAGAGCUAGUGUUGGACAAGGCGCUGGAUCGGGAGAAGCAGCAAGAGCUCAGGUUAACACUCACUGCACUGGAUGGCGGGUUUCCACCCAGAUCUGGGACUGCCACUAUACACAUUGUGAUCCUGGACAUCAAUGACAAUGCCCCUCAGUUUUCUCAGGCAACCUACGUGACCCAGGCUCUGGAGAACAGCCCAGUAGGGUCUCUUAUUGCUAAAGUCUCUGCAGGAGAUGUAGACUCUGGAGUCAAUGCAGAUAUAUCCUAUUCAUUUUUUGAUGCUUCUGAAGAUAUUCGAACAACCUUUCAAAUCAAUCCAUUUUCUGGGGAAAUCAUUCUCAGAGUGUUGCUUGAUUAUGAGCUAGAAAGGUCUUACAAAAUAAAUAUACAGGCAAUUGAUGGUGGGGGCCUUUCUGCAAGAUGUACAGUUUUGGUUGAGGUUUUGGACACCAAUGACAAUCCCCCUGAACUGAUCAUGUCAUCACUUUCCAACUCUGUUGCUGAGAACUCUCCUGAGACCACAGUGGCUGUUUUUAGGAUUAAAGACAGAGACUCUGGAGAAAACGGAAAGAUGGUUUGCUACAUUCAAGAUAAUCUGCCGUUUCUUCUGAGACCCUCUAUGGAGAAUUUUUACAUCCUAAUGACAAAAGGAGCCCUGGACAGGGAAAGACAAGCCGAGUACAACAUCACCAUCACCGUCACCGACAUGGGAUCCCCCAGGCUGAAAACCCAGCACAACAUAACCGUGCUGGUCUCCGACGUCAAUGACAAUGCCCCCGCCUUCACCCAAACCUCCUACGCCCUGAGGGUCCGCGAGAACAACAGCCCCGCCCUGCACAUCGGCAGCGUCAGCGCCACAGACGCAGACGCGGGCGCCAACGCCCAGGUCACCUACUCGCUGCUGCCGCCCCACGACCCGCGCCUGCCCCUCGCCUCCCUCGUGUCCAUCAACGCGGACAACGGGCACCUGUUCGCCCUGCGGUCCCUGGACUACGAGGCCCUGCAGGCCUUCGAGUUCGGCGUGGGCGCCACAGACCGAGGCUCGCCGGCGCGGAGCAGCCAGGCGCUGGUGCGCGUGCUGGUGCUGGACGACAACGACAACUCGCCCUUCGUGCUCUACCCGCUGCAGAACGGCUCGGCGCCCUGCACCGAGCUGGUGCCCAGGGCGGCCGAGGCGGGCUACCUGGUGAGCAAGGUGGUGGCGGUGGACGGCGACUCGGGCCAGAACGCCUGGCUGUCGUACCAGCUGCUCAAGGCCACGGAGCCCGGGCUGUUCGGCGUGUGGGCGCACAACGGCGAGGUGCGCACGGCCAGGCCGCCGAGCGAGCGCGACGCGCCCAAGCACAGGCUGCUGGUGCUGGUCAAGGACAACGGCGAGCCGCCGCGCUCGGCCAGCGUCACGCUGCACGUGCUGCUGGUGGACGGCUUCUCGCAGCCCUACCUGCCGCGGCCGGAGGCGGCGGCCGAGCAGGCGCAGGCCGACCCGCUCACCGUCUACUUGGUCAUCGCCCUGGCCGCGGUGUCGUCGCUCUUCCUCUUCUCGGUGCUCGCGUUCAUCGCGGUGCGGCUGUGCGGGAGGAGCAGGGCCGCCUCGCUGGGUCGCUGCUCGGUGCCUGAGGGCCACUUUCCGGGCCACCUGGUGGACGUCGGCGGAACUGGGACCCUGUCCCAGAGCUACCAGUAUGAGGUCUGUCUGACCGGAGGUACUGGGACAAAUGAGUUCAAGUUCCUGAAGCCGAUUCUCCCCAAUAUCCAGGCACAGGACCCUGGGAGGAAUAGUGAAGAAAAUCCCUCCUUGCGAAAUAGCUUUGGAUUUAAUUUUCAGUAAGUUUUCUUUAUAUAUAUUUUCAUGUACUUUUGAAGUGUUAUAUAACCAUGUCAAUAUUAGUGUAGUUUUAAAACUCCAAGUUAAAUUACUAUGCAACUUCAAGCCUAAUCUUAAAGUUCUGUAUAUCUGUGUUUUUACAAUGUUACUUCAUCCUUUUUUGCAUUAAUCAGCAGUUAGUUUUCAUUAGUACCCAUUUCUAAAUAAUAGUUUUAAGGUUUAAUCCUUUCAAUAUGGACAAAGUUUUAGUUAUUAUUUCUCAUUCUAGAAAACUAAGGUUUUGAUUUUUCUCCUAGUAUUUUUCAUAGUCUGCAUCUUAUGAUCUUAUCCACCUGUCUAUUUUACUUCCUUCAUGUAAGAAGGCAUACCUGCACUUCUGAUCUUCUUCUAACAUUCUGUUUAAUCUCGUUGAAAAAAUAUUAUCUAGUUCUAAAUCACAGCAUUUAAAAAGAAAUAUUUCUCUAGUACUCUGCUCUUGAGAAAAUGAAACAUCAUUUUGUGAGUGACAGUGUACUCCAAUACUAUCUGUGUGUUCAUAUUUCAUUUCCUUUAAAUA